CGUUUUUGGAGUGAUGCAAUUGGCGGUGUAAAUAAACUGGAAGUUUCCUAUGGAACCUAGUGUCUUCAAAGAUGCUAAGUUUUUCAUUAUUUCCUGUGAUGACAAGGAGGUGGUAGAUCUUUUGAAGUCGUCGGGUGCAGUUAGUCAUCCAUUUUUGUCAGAGAGUAUACGUUUCGCUAUCAGUGAUGAUCCGUCCCUUGCAGAAGUUGGGGAGGCAGAAGAACUUUAUGCUGUCCCAGUCGUCACUAGUCGUUGGGUAAAACUAUCUGCUGAGGCUCAAAAGUUCUUACCAUUUCGUCCUUUCCAUCCAGACUUUAAACAGAUAUUCAAAGGGACCAAAAUUGCAUGUAGUGGAUUGGGUACAGCCGAUCGACUUGCAAUAUGGGCCCAUGUAGUUAUACAUGGAGGCGAAAUGUGUCAUUAUUUGGAUAAUUCUGUAACUCAUGUAGUUGUUGCCAAGGCAACUGGGAACUUCUAUGAUUAUGUGACUACGAAGUUGACAAAUGAUAGUACGGAUAGUGAAAGUAACACAAAGCCUGUCCUAGUCACACCUGAUUGGAUUGUUGAUUGUUUAGCACAGAAUAGUCUACUGGCAUGUGAAUCAUAUCAUCCUAAUUUACUAGUUCGUAGAACACCACCACCAUCACAAUUACCAUCACCAUCAUCGUCUAAACAGAUGUCUUUAAAACAGCAACAAUUGAAUGAACCUAAAGAAUCUGAUAUGCAUAAAAAUAAUAAUGAUAUCUCACUGAAUAGUUUAAUAAAGCAAGAAUCAAAUCUAAUUAUCAACUCUACACUGUCUGGUGGUGAUUUAAUGAUGAACAAUAACCACAGUUACGGUACAGUCGAUUCAACAUCUUCAGCUACUAAUCCUAAUAUAAACACAAACACGAAUACUGCAAUUAGUAAUAUAUUGAAUUGCACAAAUAAUGUACAACAACAACAACAGCAAUCAUCACAAAUCAUCACAAGUAAACAAAAUCUGGUUCAGAAUAAUCAAAUUAUGCAUACACUACAGUCAUCAUCACAACAGCUGUCAUCAGUAUUAUCAGGUGGAACAAAUGUGCAAGCGGCAACUGGUUUAAGUGUUCAGCAAAUUAAUAUGAGAGCUGUGGAGCAAAAGGCCAAAUAUGAUGGUGUGACACCAGGUAGGCCUGGUCGUGGAGGACAUUCACGUGGUGGUGGUUCUGGUCGUGGUUCAUCUAAGAAAGCCGCCCAAGAUCAAUCUCGAGGUGGUAAUCAGCAGCAGCAACAACAACGUUUCUCAUUAUCGUCGCCCUUAGCGAAUCGUAAUCCAGUUGCUCAAAAUAUAGCUGCACCUCAGCGAUUCCCAGUGAGUGGUGCUCAGGGUAGUGUUAAUCAGCGUUUUCCAUCUGGUUUACCAAUCUACACUGAUCCUACUGUCCAACAAGGAAUGGCGCAACAAAUUACAGGCUCUGAUAUCAUCGGAAAUUCUAAUUCAUCAGGAGGAUCCAAUUAUUCAGCAUGUAGUGUGCCAGGAAACCAUACAAAUGUAAUACUAAGUAAUAAUUAUUUACCAAUUUCUGCAAAUAGUACCAUUAGCGGUGGUGCAAUGACAACCUUAUCGAUAACAGCAUCAACCACCAAUUUAAUAAGUAUUAGCAGUAAUAGUACAAGUAGUAGUACUGGACAUCAUGGAAAGACUAGUAAAUCAAAGUCUAGCAAACAUAUGCAAGAACAAAAUUUAAAUGAAGAAGAAAAAGAUGCUAUUGUAAUGCAAAAUGUAAAAAACAUUUUAAGCCUACAACAUACAUGGAAUCGAGAAUCUUCUCAUGGUCGGGGAUCUUCUUCAACAAAUUCCUCUUCUGACAAUCAUUCUUCUAGUAACAAUUCUGGACAUGGUCAAAAUGGACCAAAUUCAUUUUCUGGUCUACAAGGAGGUAAUUCUUCUAGUUUAGGAAAUCUUAUCACUUCUGGCUAUGGUGGGAGUUCAUCCAAUCUUGGUUCUUCUCAAACCUCUGGUAAUCAUCGUAAGCCUAAAUCACCAAAAUCUCCUUGUCGUGCAGUAGGAAGUACUAUGGGUCAUAAGGUAUCUCCGAAAUCGCCGAAAAAUGCUAAAGUUACUGGAAUUACUAAAACUUUAGCAGCACCUCAUCAACAGCAUAUUCAACAACAACAACAGCAGCAACAACAACAACAACCACAGCAACAACCGUCUAUAGUAAUGGCAGGUUGUGCUGGGUCAGCACUUCCUUCUGUCUUAUUAACUGGUAGUCUUCAACAAAUGCAGUAUCGACCGGCUAGUAAUAAUUCCCUUCAAGGCACGCCAACACAACUUCAAAGAUCAACUAGCAUGCAGCAUUACUUAACUACAGCUACACUUGCAUCGCAUCAACCACAAUCAGCACCGGGAACGCCAGCGUAUAUUGUGCAAAGACAUCCAUGUGGUCAACUUGUUGCAAGUGUAUCUCAACAAUCUACACAUGGGCAAUUGCAUACACAGUCUUUUCCUGUUCAAAAUCCGUAUCAACGAGCUAGUGGUAUACUGACUGCCGUCAACACUUCAACUUUGGGACAACAACAGCAUCAGCAGUCAUCCCAACAACACCAAGCCAGUGUUCAACAUUUUCAGCAUGCUGCACAAGUUCAACAGCCAACUUUAUUUGUACGUACUACUCGUCAACCAUACCAACAAAACGACAAUAUAGAAGCACAACCUGACAUGGCUACUAUAAUUAGUUCAGAUGGCAGUGGAGAUAUUCUACUAACAAGUAAUCAUAAUCCACACCAACAUCAUAAUCAUAAUCCUCAUCAAAUAUCAGCUAGUAAUAUAAUCCAGUCAUCAUCGAAUCACUUAUAUCAGUCUAAUCAUCAUCAAUCAGGGCAUAAUUCAGCUAUUGAACAAACACAUUCACACAAUAAACAAACUGUUAAUUCACAACCAAUAACUCAACAGUUGUUGUUACAGUCUACUGGUGGAAAUGGUGGCGGUGGUGGUGUUGGUGGCGGGGCUACUAUUGGUGUCGGUAAUGGUAGUCAACUAAUUCAGAUUAAGUCAACAUCUUAUGCUUCUCCAAUUCAACAAACUUUAUUAUCUGAAACAAAUCAUCAUCACCAUCAACAACAACACCAACAGCAGCAGCAGCAACAUCAUAUGGUUGCAUCAGUUGCCAGUUCAUCUAUUAAUAAUUCACAGUCAACACCAGCAAUGAUAAUUGAUAAUCGUACACCUCAUCAACAACAAAUGAUUAGUCAGUCAAACUGUAGUAUAACAACUACACCUACGUCGACACCACAUCAUCAUCAGCAGCAACAGUCAGUGCAACUUCAUAUUGCACUGCAUUCACCAAGUAAUAAUACUAGUUCCCUCAAUACUGGUACACCUGGAGGUGGUGGUGGCAAUGCCAGUGGAAACCAGAUUAAAUCGUCACCAACUAAUUUAAUAUCUCAACAUUCUUCCAUGGUAGGUGGUAAAAUGUCACAAUUACAACAACAAAUUCAAACACAAUCAUCACCUACCCGUCCGUCAGUGAAUAAUCGUCAGUAUGUACAACAACAACAACCUCAACAUCAACAACCACAAGUCCAACACCAGUAUUCUGCUUCGUUAGCUACACAUCCUGCACAACACUACCAACAACAACCACAACAGCAGAAAGUUCAACUUUCACCUGCUACUGCAACUGUCCCCGCACAAUAUCAAGCAAUUCAUGGUUGUUACACGCCUCAACCACAACAAUCACAGCAACAACAACAACCACAUCAAAAUCAACAUCCUCAACAAAUUAUAUUUCAGUCACCGACUGGACAACAGAUAAUUGCCGCACAACACCAAUCAAUGCCAAAUGCAUUUGGAAGAAAUUCAAAUAAUCCAACACCAAGUGGUGGCAUGCUUCUGCGUUCUGUUUUACCAUGUUCUGGUAAUGCUAACACACCUGGGAAUGGUUUCCAUCAAAAUCAGUCAUCUUUAGUAACUGUGAGUACAAAUCAGCGUCCUGUGCCUCAAAUGACUAAUCGACCACAGACUAAUAAAGUUCUUUUUCAAACUAGUCCUACACCUCAAUCGAAUAACAAUAAUAUUUCUAUACAUGGAUUACAACAGCAAGCAAUACAUCAGCAACAUCAGCAGCCAAUUCCUACUUAUCCUCAACAAGUUCAUUCAGGUGGAAUUAUCACAGGACAACAGUCGAAACCCAAUCAUCAGAUGGUAUAUGCUCAGUCAGCUGGUAGGCCAAAUACUCAGGUUAUUAUUGGUGAUUCAUCUUCUGUUAGUGUGAUUAAUGCUCCAAAUCAACAUCAUCAAACGAAUACAAUGCAUUCACCAUAUCAUCAUGUAGCAACUCCUAAUCUAGUACAUGGUAAUGGUUUUGAUCACUCGAUUAGUCCACGUCCUACACAUCCACAAGUUGUACCCAUGCCGUCGCAUAAUCAUUCUUCAACUGCUGCCACUGGUAGCGCAAAUGUCCAAACACCACCACGUCCUAAUCAAAUACCUGUUACUACAGUUGUACAAUCUGUUAAUCGACAGAUUACGUGCAAUUCAACGUCUGGAAAUACACAAAAUACACCGACACUUAUGACACCUAUGCAAUUAACUCCAGCAUAUCAUGGCCAUGAUGGUAAUCCGUUGCCUUCUCGUCCUGAAGAAUGCUUAAUUGGUUGUGUUAUGCUAAUUUUGGGUUAUCGAAGUGUGCCUGAAUCACAGAAAGUUGUCUGGAGGCGUGUUAUGCGUUUACACGGUGCAGAAGUAGUUUUAGCGUAUGAUCCUACGCGUGUUACUCACGUGGUUAUCGACUGUCAAUUAGAAGAACCUGAUGUAAUUAAACAGGUGGUAGAUCUUUUGAAGUCGUCGGGUGCAGUUAGUCAUCCAUUUUUGUCAGAGAGUAUACGUUUCGCUAUAAGUGAUGAUCCGUCCCUUGCAGAAGUUGGGGAGGCAGAAGAACUUUAUGCUGUCCCUGUCGUCACUAGUCGUUGGGUAAAACUAUCUGCUGAGGCUCAAAAGUUUUUACCAUUUCGUCCUUUCCAUCCAGACUUUAAACAGAUAUUCAAAGGGACAAAAAUUGCAUGUAGUGGAUUGGGUACAGCCGAUCGACUUGCAAUAUGGGCCCAUGUAGUUAUACAUGGAGGCGAAAUGUGUCAUUAUUUGGAUAAUUCUGUAACUCAUGUAGUUGUUGCCAAGGCAACUGGGAACUUCUAUGAUUAUGUGACUACGAAGUUGACAAAUGAUAGUACGGAUAGUGAAAGUAACACAAAGCCUGUCCUAGUCACACCUGAUUGGAUUGUUGAUUGUUUAGCACAGAAUAGUCUACUGGCGUGUGAAUCAUAUCAUCCUAAUUUACUAGUUCGUAGAACACCACCACCAUCACAAUUACCAUCACCAUCAUCAUCGUCUAAACAGAUGUCUUUAAAACAGCAACAAUUGAAUGAACCUAAAGAAUCUGAUAUGCAUAAAAAUAAUAAUGAUAUCUCACUGAAUAGUUUAAUAAAGCAAGAAUCAAAUUUAAUUAUCAACUCUACACUAUCUGGUGGUGAUUUAAUGAUGAACAAUAACCACCACAGUUACGGUACAGUCGAGUCAACAUCUUCAGCUACUAAUCCUAAUAUAAACACAAACACGAAUACUGCAAUUAGUAAUAUAUUGAAUUGCACAAAUAAUGUACAACAACAACAAUCAUCACAAAUAAUCACAAGUAAACAAAAUCUGGUUCAGAAUAAUCAAAUUAUGCAUACACUACAGUCAUCAUCACAACAGCUGUCAUCAGUAUUAUCAGGUGGAACAAAUGUGCAAGCGGCAACUGGAUUAAGUGUUCAGCAAAUUAAUAUGAGAGCUGUGGAGCAAAAGGCCAAAUAUGAUGGUGUGACACCAGGUAGGCCUGGUCGUGGAGGGCAUUCACGUGGUGGUGGUUCUGGUCGUGGUUCAUCUAAGAAAGCCGCCCAAGAUCAAUCUCGAGGUGGUAAUCAGCAGCAGCAGCAACAACAACGUUUCUCAUUAUCGUCGCCUUUAGCGAAUCGUAAUCCAGUUGCUCAAAAUAUAGCUGCACCUCAGCGAUUCCCAGUGAGUGGUGCUCAGGGUAGUGUUAAUCAGCGUUUUCCAUCUGGUUUACCAAUCUACACUGAUCCUACUGUCCAACAAGGAAUGGUGCAACAAAUUACAGGCUCUGAUGUCAUCGGAAAUUCUAAUUCAUCAGGAGGAUCCAAUUAUUCAGCAUGUAGUGUGCCAGGAAACCAUACAAAUGUAAUACUAAGUAAUAAUUAUUUACCAAUUUCUGCAAAUAGUACCAUUAGCGGUGGUGCAAUGACAACCUUAUCGAUAACAGCAUCAACCACCAAUUUAAUAAGUAUUAGCAGUAAUAGUACAAGUAGUAGUACUGGACAUCAUGGAAAGACUAGUAAAUCAAAGUCUAGCAAACAUAUGCAAGAACAAAAUUUAAAUGAAGAAGAAAAAGAUGCUAUUGUAAUGCAAAAUGUAAAAAACAUUUUAAGCCUACAGCAUACAUGGAAUCGAGAAUCUUCUCAUGGUCGGGGAUCUUCUUCAACAAAUUCCUCUUCUGACAAUCAUUCUUCUACUAACAAUUCUGGACAUGGUCAAAAUGGACCAAAUUCAUUUUCUGGUCUACAAGGAGGUAAUUCUUCUAGUUUAGGAAAUCUUAUCACUUCUGGAUAUGGUGGGAGUUCAUCCAAUCUUGGUUCUUCUCAAACCUCUGGUAAUCAUCGUAAGCCUAAAUCACCAAAAUCUCCUUGUCGUGCAGUAGGAAGUACUAUGGGUCAUAAGGUAUCUCCGAAAUCGCCGAAAAAUGCUAAAGUUACUGGAAUUACUAAAACUUUACCAGCACCUCAUCAACAGCAUAUUCAACAACAGCAACAACAACAACCACAGCAACAACCGUCUAUAGUAAUGGCGGGUUGUGCUGGGUCAGCACUUCCUUCUGUCUUAUUAACUGGUAGUCUUCAACAAAUGCAGUAUCGACCGGCUAGUAAUAACUCCCUUCAAGGCACGCCAACACAACUUCAAAGAUCAACUAGCAUGCAGCAUUACUUAACUACAGCUACACUUGCAUCUCAUCAACCACAAUCAGCACCGGGAACACCAGCGUAUAUUGUGCAAAGACAUCCAUGUGGUCAACUUGUUGCAAGUGUAUCUCAACAAUCUACACAUGGGCAAUUGCAUACACAGUCUUUUCCUGUUCAAAAUCCGUAUCAACGAGCUAGUGGUAUACUGACUGCUGUCAACACUUCAACUUUGGGACAGCAACAGCAUCAGCAGUCAUCACAACAACACCAAGCCAGUGUUCAACAUUUUCAGCAUGCUGCACAAGUUCAACAGCCAACUUUAUUUGUACGUACUACUCGUCAACCAUACCAACAAAACGACAAUAUAGAAGCACAACCUGACAUGGCUACUAUAAUUAGUUCAGAUGGUAGUGGAGAUAUUCUACUAACAAGUAAUCAUAAUCCACACCAACAUCAUAAUCAUAAUCCUCAUCAAAUAUCAGCUAGUAAUAUAAUCCAGUCAUCAUCAAAUCACUUAUAUCAGUCUAAUCAUCAUCAAUCAGGACAUAAUUCAGCUAUUGAACAAACACAUUCACACAAUAAACAGACUGUUAAUUCACAACCAAUAACGCAACAGUUGUUGUUACAGUCUACUGGUGGAAAUGGUAGUGGUGUUGGUGGCGGUGCUACUAUUGGUGUCGGUAAUGGUAGUCAACUAAUUCAGAUUAAGUCGACAUCUUAUGCUUCUCCAAUUCAACAAACUUUAUUAUCUGAAACAAAUCAUCAUCACCAUCAACAACAGCAACAACACCAACAGCAGCAGCAGCAACAUCAUAUGGUUGCAUCAGUUGCCAGUUCAUCUAUUAAUAAUUCACAGUCAACACCACCAAUGAUAAUUGAUAAUCGUACACCUCAUCAACAACAGAUGAUUAGUCAGUCAAACUGUAGUAUAACAACUACGCCUACGUCGACACCACAUCAUCAUCAGCAACAGUCAGUUCAACUUCAUAUUGCACUGCAUUCACCGAGUAAUAAUACUAGUUCCCUCAAUACUGGUACACCUGGAGGUGGUGGUGGCAAUACCAGUGGAAAUCAGAUUAAAUCGUCACCAACUAAUUUAAUAUCUCAACAUUCUUCCAUGGUAGGUGGUAAAAUGUCACAAUUACAACAACAAAUUCAAACACAAUCAUCACCUACCCGUCCGUCAGUGAAUAAUCGUCAGUAUGUACAACAACAACAACCUCAACAUCAACAGCCACAAGUCCAACACCAGUAUUCUGCUUCAUUGGCUACACAUCCUGCACAACACUACCAACAACAACAACAACCACAACAGCAAAAAGUUCAACUUUCACCUGCUACUGCAACUGUCCCCGCACAAUAUCAAGCAAUUCAUGGUUGUUAUACACCUCAACCACAACAAUCACAGCAACAACAACAACCACAUCAAAAUCAACAUCCUCAACAAAUUAUAUUUCAAUCACCAACUGGACAACAGAUAAUCGCUGCACAACAUCAAUCAAUGCCAAAUGCAUUUGGAAGAAAUUCAAAUAAUCCAACACCAAGUGGUGGCAUGCUUCUGCGUUCUGUUUUACCAUGUUCUGGUAAUGCUAACACACCUGGGAAUGGUUUCCAUCAAAAUCAGUCAUCUUUAGUAACUGUGAGUACAAAUCAGCGUCCUGUGCCUCAAAUGACUAAUCGACCACAGACUAAUAAAGUUCUUUUUCAAACUAGUCCUACACCUCAAUCGAAUAACAAUAAUAUUUCUAUACAUGGAUUACAACAACAAGCAAUACAUCAACAACAUCAGCAGCCAAUUCCUACUUAUCCUCAGCAAGUUCAUUCAGGUGGAAUUAUCACAGGACAACAGUCGAAACCCAAUCAUCAGAUGGUAUAUGCUCAGUCAGCUGGUAGGCCAAAUACUCAGGUUAUUAUUGGUGAUUCAUCUUCUGUUAGUGUGAUUAAUGCUCCAAAUCAACAUCAUCAAACGAAUACAAUACAUUCACCAUAUCAUCAUGUAGCAACUCCUAAUCUAGUACAUGGUAAUGGUUUUGAUCACUCGAUUAGUCCACGUCCUACACAUCCACAAGUUGUACCCAUGCCAUCACAUAGUCAUUCUUCAACUGCUGCCACUGGUAGCGCAAAUGUCCAAACACCACCACGUCCUAAUCAAAUACCUGUUACUACAGUUGUACAAUCUGUUAAUCGACAGAUUACGUGCAAUUCAACGUCUGGACAUACACAAAAUACACCAACACUAAUGACACCUAUGCAAUUAACUCCAGCUUAUCAUGGCCAUGAUGGUAAUCCGUUGCCUUCUCGUCCUGAAGAAUGCUUAAUUGGUUGUGUUAUGUUAAUUUUGGGUUAUCGAAGUGUGCCUGAAUCACAGAAAGUUGUCUGGAGGCGUGUUAUGCGUUUACACGGUGCAGAAGUAGUUUUAGCGUAUGAUCCAACACGUGUUACUCACGUGGUUAUCGACUGUCAAUUAGAAGAACCUGAUGUAAUUAAACAGGUCAACUGUCCUUAUAAUAACUUAAAAUCAUGCAAGUCCUUUGACAGUAGAGGAGAAGGAAAUAGAAGUGUAGAUAGCCGCCUUGACAGGAAUUCAGUGUAUCAAGACAGCUUUUCUGUUACAGCCUCAGAGUCAACCCAUUAUUUUCAUAAUGAUGAAUAUGAUGUCCUGGAUGAAGAUGAAGCGGAAGAACAGGAAGAAGAAGAAGAAGACAGUCUAACAGAAGAGUGUAGUUUAUUUGUAAUACCAUCUUCAUCGCCACCAUCAUCAAAAUCAUGGAUAAAUAAUUGUCAUCAUCGACUUGAUAUUCCAUCUCAUCAUUGUGCGAAUCCUAUUGAAUGUGUAUCACAGUCAAUACGUACACGCAAUUUACUGCGUGAAACGAAUGUAAUUUCCUAUCUAUCACCAUUUCGUCCUUUUGAUGAAAAGAUAUCAAAUAAAAAAUUGCUUGAACGCCGUCUGGAUACUUAUUUCAAGCAAUACCCCCCAGAAUUCUUAUUAUCUAAUAGAAGAACUGUACCUCAGGAACAUGCUGUGUUUAAAAAUUCGUCAUUUAUGCUUGAUCAGAGUCUCCCAAGUUCAUGUUUACACUCAAAAGAUGAACGCUACGGUGGAAGUUAUUCAGGGACAAUGGAUGAUUUAUGUGUACAAAGUUUAAAUCUUGAAGAGCUUAACUCGCAUUUGUCAAAUAAAGAUUUUAUAAUACAUAAAGUAAUUCAAGAGCAUUUUAUGAGGGAUGACAUUUACUGCAAUCCCACACGUUUGAGCUUUUCUACAUCGUUUCCACCAAAUUAUCAACACGCACCAUUGAAUGAACUAGAGCGAUGUGGUAAAGAUUAUAUAGAUGAUAAAUACAAUAGUAAAAGUGAUAAUAACAACGAAGUUAGUGUGAAUCAUGAAGUUAGUGAUAACAGGGAUGAUAAUAAUACAAGUAACUGUUAUUCAACUAUGUCUUUUAGCAGGAUAGAAUUUAACAAUUUUAUUUGUACUCCAUCAUGUAUACCGAAUGAACUGAUCGAUUGCUCGAAGUCAAUCAAGCAAUCUAAUGAAUAUUUGCGUGACGAUUCUUUGUCGUAUGGUUCUCCAGGAAAUGUUCAAGAUGUUGAUAAAUCUUUAUCACCUUACUUACCCCAAGGUGGUGAUAAUUUAGUAGCUGUAAGAAUGCUAGAUGAAUCAUCAUUGUCCCUUAAGACAUCGAAUAACCAUCCACCCGAUCCAUCCAUUUCAAUGUGUAAAAAUUAUCCUGGAGAAGUUAACAUGUCACAACAAAAACAUCUUUGUAUUUGUCAUAAUGUUGUGAAUAUAGUUAUAUAUCCACAUGAUUGUGUGAAUAAGUUGUCAGUAUCAUCAUUUUUACCAUGUUUAUCGACAAGGACAACAUCAACUUUAAUUUCCCCGCCAACUGACAUAAAUCUCAUUUCACGUACUUUAUGCAGUGAUAAUGAUGACGAGUUAUUGAGUGACUACUCUGAAUCGGAGAGUGCUGUAAAAUGGCAAAAUGACAAAAUUGAUAACUUUGACAAUAGUUGUUUGUCUACUGUGAAUCGUCAAUCACCUCAUUAUCAUGUUAAUUCUAUGACGUAUGAUAUCGAACUGUCAAAUAAUAGUUUUUCGCAAAUUGAUCAUCAGUUAUCCCACGAAUCGAGUCAGUCAUCCUAUUAUAAUGCGUCUAGUCGUUCGGUUGGAUAUUAUGAGUUUGUGAAUAAGAACUCAGAACAAAUGAUUAUUCGUGAUCAUCAUAAUGAUGAUGAUGAUGAUGUCAGUAGCAGUCACUGUAGUAUGCAACGCGGUAGAUUACUUCACAGAGUGUCUAGCACUUCAAAUCUUUCAUCUAUGCACAGUUGUAGUGAACCGUCACUUUUCUUCACACAUCAUUUACCGCCAUCAUCGUCUAAAGGUUUAAUUAAGUGUUUUAAUCGUGAUCUUACGUCUUCAUUCUACUGUUCAAAAUUGCUUGCAACUCUCCAGUCACCAACGCCAUUAUCAGUUUCUCCUGUAUUCAAAAGGUUUCCGUUGCGUCAUUCACUUGACUGUCUGCCAUCUGCACUAGUCACAACACAAUCAUCUCUGUCUAGCAAUCAAGCAAAAUCUUUAUUUUAUGGUUAUUUGUUUAAAAUAACUGAUGUAAUUGGUAUUAAAAGCGCUAUACCGAGUGGAAAGUGUUGUUUGUGCACUUUUAAGAAUACACCAACGGUGAAAUUAUCCACUAAUAAUAAGUCGUCAUGUGCAUCACUGAUUUCAGAGGAGGAUGCAUCUACUACAAGUCAGCUGAAAUCGUGUUCAUGCAGUCAACGUGUAUUCGAUUGUAGACUUUCUUGUAUUUUAAAACGUUAUCCGCAAUGUCGAGCUGACAUUCUACAACAUGUUCAAUCUACACAUAGUAAUGAUAAUGGUGAUAGUAGUGGAGAAGGCAAUGAUGAUUAUGUCUUCUUGAUAGUUUAUGCUAAAAGUUUAUGUUAUUUAUUUUGUGCCUUGUUAGAUCAAAAGCGUUUAGUUACUAUUUAUUGGGUCAAUGAUAUCCUUGCAAAGGGUAGAAUGAUUCCACCAUUUGAAAUUCUACACCUACCAUCCCCAUUUUCUAAAGAAAUAACAUUUUCAUUUAUUCGUUCUCAGAUUAUAUCAUUGACUGGCUUUGAGGGUAAAGAUCGUCAGAAAAUCGAAGUGAUCAUACGUCAGAUUGGCGCUACUUUUACCGAUUACCUUGAACCAUCGAAUACGCUCUUAGUUUGUAAACAACCUUCAGGUAAAAAAUAUGAAAUGGCACAACUCUGGGGCAUACCAUGUAUCAAUAUACGCUGGUUACAAGAUCUUUAUUUCGGUGACUUACACACACUGUCAUUAGCAAUGCCUCAUAAAUAUUUAUGCUUUGAAACAUCUGAUGUGACAAUGUCAUUGGAACGAUGUACUCCACGUGUACAAGAUUUAAUGGUUGGAUGGCAGACACCGAUUCGGCUAACUCAAGAAGUAUGGAUACGUUCUACUAAAUUAUCUCAUGAUUUUGCGAAUGAAGAACGUGAGCGAAAAAGAAAACUUGAACUUGAAAACAAUAGUAACAACAGUCCUGCUAAGGUUAAAAAGUCCGAGUGCUUGUUAGCAGCGUUGACUGAAGAGGAUAUUAAAAUUGCAAUGUCAUGUCGACCUAGAUACGAAACUCUUCUCUUAGAAGCUGAACAAAAACGUGAAUUAUUAGCUGCUAUAAAGAGUGCAGCUGCUGAAACAUCUGCAACUGGUGGUGGUGGUGGUGGUGAUUCUCAAAAUACUAUCCCAGAAAAUGAAUCCAACCCUCCACUUCCUGCUCCUUUAAUACCCACUGUUGCUACCAACGAUAAUGUAACUCCGAAUAUGUCAGUUGAAACAGUUGAUGAUGACGAUGAUAAUAUCGACUCAGGAGUUACUACCUAUUCAGUAGUUAGUCAUGAGUCAAAAGUCAACACCGAUGAUAAUGAAGAAUUAAGUCAUCCUUCAUGUCCUAUCACUUCUUCUACUGAAUCUACUACUAUUACUACUGUAGAAGUUGAUGGUUCACACAAUGUUAUAGCCAGUGAACAGGAUACAUCGACAAUAAAAAUGGAUUGUCAUAAUUCUGUGUACUCUACUGUUCAAAAUGUAUCAAAUAAUGCUGAGAGUACAUGUGAUCUUGGUGAAAAACUCAAUUGUCUUAAAAGUGAAGAAGUUGAAAAAGAGAUUCAUUCACUUCAUGACUUGACCAAUCAGAAUAAUUCUGACAGUCAUUAUCAUCAUCAUCAGGAAAUACAACAAAACACCUCAACAAUAGAUAAUUUCGAUGCAGAUUUAUCAUCUGUUAAUAGUGGUGUUGAUAGUACGAUUCAGAAUGUAACACUGCAAACAAAUACAAACUCGGAUUCUGUUCAACCGACACUUUGUGAAUCAAAUGAUAACCGAAGUCAUGAUCAAACUGAAAAUACUAUCAUCACUAGUAAAUGUGAUAGUAGUACUCCUAUUAGCAAUAGUAAUAAUAAUAAUAAUGACACUGUCAGCACAAUGAAUAUUUCUGAUGAUAUCAUAAUGUCAACUGUAUCAUCAUCAUCAUCUGACAGUUUAUCUAACGAUGUUAAGAAUAAUGAAAUAACUGGGACAGUAGUAAAUAAGUCAAAUGAUCAAACAACUUCAAAAGAGGAUAAUUUAUCAAUUCAACAACAAGAUGUAGUCACCACCACCACCACCAGUACUACGAAUAUUACUUCUAGUUCUGUCAAUGUCACUGUUACUGAUCCGAUGAUUAUUUCAGAUGAGAAUGAUGAAAAUAUUCAAACGACAACUAGUAGUGAUUCAAAUAUUCAAAUAGAUCAAUCCAAUGAAGAUAUUGUUCGUAAGCGUUUAGCUACUAGUCCUAUAGAUAACGCUAUGGACUGUAAACGACGAGCAGUAGAAACAAAUCCAGUGGAUUCUACAUCAACUGUCAGUAUGGACAUUUGUUCUAACAGUUCUACUUCUAAUGUAGGCAGUAAUUUAAUAGAUGAUAAAUCAUCCGUUGAUAACUGGAAAGGAGAUGUUAACGAUGAUAAAUGUGAUAACAUUAUUCCUGUCAGUAAGACUGAAGAAAAUGCUGACGCUACCACUGAAUCACUCAUUCGUAUGGAUGAUGAAGAUAUUGUCGAUGAUGCAAUCUCUGAAGAGUCUUCAUUGAAGAAUGCUGAUGCUAGUGAUCGUGUUGUUCGUUGUGAUACAGAUUCAAAGAUUGAAUCUACAGAAAAAGAUACAACUAAACUACUGCCACCUAUUUGUACAGAUAUAAGAAUUACAUUCACUGCAAUAGAUUUAGAAUCAAGACUAACACUGACAGAGUUAUGCUUACAACUGCCUGAUUGUAAAAUUGUUGAUUCAGCAGAGGAAGCUACACAUUUAGUCGCUAAUCGAUUGAUUCGUACACCGAAAACAUAUAUGGCAGUUGCUUUGGGAUGUUAUGUCGUUACACCGAAAUGGAUUCAAGCUUCUGUAAUGUGUGGUUAUUGGUUAGAUGAAAAACCUUGGAUACUAUCAGAUCCAGAUUCUGAAGCUCAACUGGGCAUUGAUCUAAAGAAGUCAAUAAGUAUAGCGCGUAAACGUCAAAUGAUUGGACCAGAGGCUGGUCUAUUCGCUGGCUUAGAAUUUUGGUUUUCUCCUGGUGCAUGUCAUCGGGAAAUGUGUAUGGCGUUGAUUAGAGCAGGUCAUGGUAUAGUUCGUCAAAGAAGGCCAACACAAAAAAUGGCUUUGUUAGCACAACCGAAACAAUUGAUUAUCUGUCAUGAAGACGAUAGUCAUGUAGCCAAUUAUCUGAUGCGCACUAAGACAGGCAAUAAAGCUGUUCAUCAUGAAGAGUUUAUACUCAGUGGAACAUUACGUCAAGAGUUAGACUUUGAUGCAUACCAAAUUCAAUAUGUGAACGCAUUACGUAAUGGUCUUAAAGCUGCUGUUGCCGCGGCUGCAGCUGCAUUGUCUAACAGUAAUAACAAUAAUAAUAACACUACCGGCAGCAUUAAUCCACCAAUUACUGUGAUACCUCCGCCUACAUCAUUGAGAUUUGGAAAUACUUCUUCUGUUCACAGUAUUCAUAAUGCUAUAGUUUCACCGCAAACAUCAUCUGUGUCGUUAGUUGAUGGAAAUAUUCCUCAUGGUCAAUUAGAUACUUCAACAGCUACUCGUGAAGUUCACUUGUCUUCCCCUAUUAAUUUAAAUAAUUCCAAUCAACAGUUAAAUGUUCCUUCAUCCUAUCAGACUGUCAGUGUGUCGGCUGUUUCUAAGCUUUCCCAAUCAUCUGUGCCUGCUGAAGUUAAAUCUCUCUUGUCUAGCAAUAAUAAUAAUAAUCGUAAUAAUACCGAGGAUUCUCAUCCUACUCAUCCUUAUUCGCUUGUUUCCACUUAUAAGUCCUCAAAUGAUACACAAUCAUUUUUAAAUCAUCCACAAAUAACUUCAUCUGAAACACCAUGCCAACCAGUUAUCAGUAGUACAAUUUCUCGUCUUGUGUCUGUUGUUCCAACGAUCACUAAAGCAGAUACAAACCUAAGUUAUCUUCUAUCAAGAUCCAAUAAUACGUUAGAUCAAAUCCCUACAACAAAUUUACCUGUUACAACUUCGUCAUUAUCAUCUUAUGCAUUGUCGUCAACAGUUUCACCAACUACUCGGAUAUCAUCACAACCUCAACAGUCACGUCAAGAGUUUGUUAACAUUCAGUCAGAGUCAGGAAUUACUGGUCUCUCUCAUAGUGCCUCAUCUAAAUCAAUAUCAGACUUAAUUAUAUCAGUUUGUACAAUGGAUGCGUGUGUAGUAACCAAUCCAUUGCUUUCAAGUAGUAGUAAUAAUAGUAGUAACACUAGCAUGCUUCCGCCAAAGUCAUCUGUCACCGCCUAUAUAUCUGGUCUUGAUAACAACAACACUAGUAAACGACAUAUUAUUGGAAGUAAUCGUUCUAGCGGUUUACUUUUAACUGGUGUUAAUCCUGUUUCUGACACAUUUUUGUCUUCAAUACCCAGUCAAGAUAUGAGACAAACAAUUAUACAUCGUCCAGUAACACCGUUAACAGCAAUGAUUGUAGCAGCAGAAUCAGGAGUUGGCGAUUUAAUGAACCCAUUGCCUAUUGGUGAUACAGAUGAUGCUAUCGGUUCAGUACCUACUUUUAUAAUACCAAAAUCCAAUAGUUACCGAAGUCAAAUAUCAAGUGUAUCUGUUUCAUCCUUACCUGUUAAUGCUUCUGUCAACUUGAAUGCACGUAUAGCUGCAGCUGAUGCGAAUGCUGUAGCGAGUGCAACUGCUGCAGCAGCUAGUGCACUUAGUAGCAGUAAUAAUAAUAAUAAUAACGCUAAUAGUGGUAAUAGCAGUAGUAGUAGUAAUAACACUGAUAUACUGAGUAAAACAGUUUUAGGAUUAUCGGUUUCAACACCUGGUCUAUCAAUUCGAUCGCCUAGAAGUACUAUACUCACCAAUAAUCCAUUACAUCCUUCUGAAUUGCUUGAUACAUCAUCAAGACAUAUAUUAACUAAUAUUCAACAAACUUUAUCAAAACCAUCAUCACAGACACCACCAGCAGAUGUCACUUCAUUGGAUGUAGUCAAGACCUUUAUCAAAGGUCAAGUUGACGUUACAGUUCAUAGUUCCGAUAUCGACUGUGAUACUACCAUUACUGCUAGUAAUAAUAAUAAUAUGACUACCACCACGUCUACUGUUAUUGAUAAUAAUGCUAACAAUAGUAUCAUUAUUAGUAAUAGUAAUGCGGAAAUAACUACAUCGACUGACAGUUUCGUCAAUUGUGGAUCUAUUCAGCCGUUUUCUUCUAGACAACAAUCUUCUAAUAUAUUAAUUUCUACUUCAGUAUUGAAUACAAAAGAUGAUCUAGUUAAUUUUUCAAAUUCAUUUACUCCACAAAAGAUGGAUACAACAUCAUCAUCAACAACAACAACCACUCCAAUAACAUUAGAUCUGUUCAAUCCUUCCAAUCUCGUAGUUUCUGAUAUAUCUGGUUACUUUACGACAAACUCAACCAAAUCAUCAUCACCAACUUCAACAUUAUGUUCAUCUAAUUCAAACGUUUCCAUAGUGAAAGAACAAUCGUCUGAUUUCCUUUCUGUAACUGAUUUCAAAUACGAAAUCAAUGUUAGCAGAAAUACUUCCAUAUCAAAUAGUAGUAGUAAUAAUAAUAAUAGUGAAAAUACUGAUAUUUAUAUUUCUAAUGUAGAUACUACUAAUGCAAAUACUAUUGUUACAUGUACCAGUAAUAAUGAUAAGUGUAACAGUAUUAUUUCAACAACCCCUUUAACUGACGUUUAUUAUCCUAACCUAACUAAUGAUAAUACGUAUGGCAGCAAUAAUACACUUACAUUUGAAUCAGUCGCUUCUGAUGUACAAUUAGUUACUCCGAGCACAACACCCUCAUCUUUAUCUUCAUCAUCCUCGUCGAUAUUGGUGACAUCGGCACCAAUGAUGUCAUCAUUAUCAACAACAACAACAACAAACACAACUACUCUAUUUGAUGAUCAUAUAGGCUGAGAAAAUACUAUCAUCACUCAUACUCAAAAAUGUUUCAGUAAUCUUCUAAUUGUGUAUGCGAUCAUUGUACUUUACUACAUCUUGUAUACAU